CUUAGCUCUGGAUCUUUCUGUGUUUUCUGCACAGAGCCAAACCUCACAAUGCUGCGUUUCCCAAAGCGAGUGGCUGAUAAAUCUGGUGUGAUGUUGCUGUUUUCAGACUUCCUUGUCUGCAGUGCAGACUUCACAUUGCUCUGAUGGAAGAGUGGGACAGGUGGACUGAGCUGGAGGAGGAACUGCACAUCUCCUGUUUGGAACAAUUCUAACAGCUGUAGAAAAAAAAGAAAAAAGGGUGAAACAGAGUCAUUUCAGAACCUAGGUCUCUCUGUGUCCACCCACCUCCACCACCCCCCUCUUUAUUCUCUCCUAUGCACACUCACUUGCAUACAUCCCCCUUCCCCAUUUGUGUCCUCCUCUCCCCAAUGCUGGUGUGGUGAGAAGCUGAAGAGCUGCAUGGAGGCACAGGGAGGGGCAGGGAGGCCAGAGCCCAACAAAGACAUCCAGAAGCUGCUGAAGCCAUCCAGCUCAGGUGAUCUAUCCAAGGAGCUGUUCCAGCACCAUCCAGGGGAGGGAGAGGGCAGCUUGUCAGGCCACACUGCCAGCCUGCUGCACAUCAGCGAGAAGAGACAACCUCUGAGCAGUGUGUCAUCUCUGGAGGUCCACUUUGACCUGCUGGACCUGACGGAGCUGACUGACAUGUCUGACCAAGAGCUGGCAGAAGUAUUUGCUGACUCUGAUGAGGAAAAUCACAGAGAGUCCCCAGCAGGUUCCCACCAGCCUGUGCUGCCCAGGGGUGGCUACAUGCGCUCCCCGUCAUGGACGCGGUGCAGUAAAGUGGAGCUUCCUCGUGAGAGAAAGCAUCACAGUGACUCAGACACAGCAGAGCCCUUAAUGAAGCUAGAGAGGACAAAGCACCCGUAAACCCCAACAUGGAACAAGAAGGAGAGAGACCGCCCAGAGCCUGUGGGACAGAUACAGUGGUGAAACCAAACCACCAAGACGUCUCAAUCUGCCACUGUACGCUCAGCCGAUGUCUAACAGUGCUCAUCUGUCGAGGCUCAGCUCUGGAAACUCUGCUCUCUACUUUAAAGAUAAUGAUGAUGUGCAAUAUUCUCACUGUUCCUACUCUCUUCUCACACUAAUACGAGCAAACCUUUGCAGCCAUCAUGUUUUUAUAGGAGAAGGAUUGUUUUUUUUCCUACACUGGUCUUCCAGAUGAAACAGACAGGGUAUGGGGUUAACAGUGUAUUGGCGCCUUUUUCCUUACAACACCUCAGGGUGGGCCAGUAUAAUUAGAUUGGCCAUAAAGGUUAAAGCCACAGUGAUGGCAGACCUUGAGACAUUAGCUAAAAGAAAAAUGAAAACAUCCCACUGAUGCUGACUGAGAUUUACUGUGUUUCUUAUAAAUUCAUCAUGCAUUUUUUGCUGCAUCUAAAGUAAACAAUGGUAGCCUUAACAGAGGAUGUGUGAGGUGAAUCUCUAUCUUUUAGUGAAAUGUGUGCUGUGAUGCAAAAUGCCUGAAUGAAAAACAGUUGCACUUCUCUCUCUAAAUUGUACACCUAGGCGCCCCCUGCAGGAUUGUUGUUCGUUGCAACAACAAAGACACCAAGCAGUAACAUGCAAUAAUUCUUUCCAUACUCACAUUUUCUUUACCUUUUUUAAGACACCCCACCACCACCAGCCAAAACACAAAUUUUUGGGCUGCUACAGCUGCAGUAUGCAGACGCCCGUGACAGUGAUUACUUGAAAUUAAAAUAAAUCCAUGGCAAAUUUCAGCCUGAUUUGUGUGGAUGCCAAAAGAAGCAAAACAACAA